AUGAAAAGCGCUCACUCUGUGGCCGGAGUCCUGCUCCUCAUCGUGAUCCAAAGCAGCUGGCAGAUGCCUGACCAGAACACAGACCGAAACGCCAUUCUAUUGGCUGAAAAUUCCAUGCUGGCCGAACCCAUUGAGCUCCCAAACAUGAAGAGACAUUCGGAGGGAACAUUUUCCAACGACUACAGUAAAUAUCUGGAGACAAGAAGAGCACAAGACUUUGUCCAGUGGCUAAAGAACUCAAAAAGGACUGGGAGCCUGUUUAGACGCCAUGCAGACGGCACCUACACCAGUGAUGUGAGCUCGUACCUACAGGACCAAGCAGUCAAGGAGUUUGUGUCCUGGUUGAAGACUGGCAGAGGCAGAAGAGAGUAA